AUGCUGUUACAGCUGAGAUUGAGAGAAAGAAAAGAGAAACCUCCUACCUUCUUAAAGCUCCUAAAUGAGAUUCGUGAAGAGGAGGAAUAUGAGACAGCUCGACGAAAAUUAAAUACAACAGUAAGACAAGUACAAGUCAGAGACCAAGCCAAUACCAAAGCUACAGAAGACCAAAAGUUGAAGGCAGAGAUUCAAGAGCUUCGUGCAGAGCUUGGUGAGCUAAGGGAAAAGCAGCAAGACACACACACUGAGCCAAAAUUCAAACCCACCAAGAAAACUAUAGACACUGAAAAAGAAAACGAAGUUCAAAUGUUGAGGCAACAGGUGCUGCAGCUACAACAUCAGCUAACUGUGAUGUCUGUAUCUCACAGUCCUGUGACUGCAGACCCUAAAAAGAGGGAUGGGAAGGCCAGACCCAGCCCAGCAGCUAAACCACAUAAUGCCAAAGACUCAGAGAGCUUCUUCUGUUACAGAUGCGGAGAAAAUGGUCAUAUUGCCACACACUGCACAGCCCCAGAGAACAGCCCAAAAGUAAUCCAAAAAUUACUCGGUGCUCUGCGCAAAAGUAAGGAAGAUAAAGUGUCACACAAAAGGUUUGCUGAGUCGAAGCAGGUUGGUCCAGUCUACACACAGCAGCCUCGUAACCUGCCACAAGGACUGGUUGGCCCAUCCAUGAUGGCUGAUGUGAAAAUUGAUGGUCAACCCUGUAGAGCCAUUUUAGACAGCGGCUCCAGAGUCACUAUCAUCUUUGAGAGUUGGCACACCAGAUUCCUUCCCAAUGUGCCCAUUCACCCACUCAAAGACCUUGCCAUAUGGGGACUGAGUGACACUAGCUAUCCAUAUACAGGCUAUGUGGCAGUUGAGCUGGGACUGCCUCCUAAUUCCAAGGGAGUUGAAGAAAUAGUUCCCGUGGUGGCUCUAAUAUGCCCUGAUUCGCCAAGUCCUGACCCAGUUCCUGUUGUCAUUGGCACUAAUACAACAAAACUGCGCUCCCUGCUGUACCAAUGUGAGGAACUCAAAGGCAACGAUGAGGUUCACUCUCUGAGAAUAAACACUGUUCGUUCUGAACAAUCCCCAUCACCUUGUAAUCCACCAAUGGAUGUGGUCGGCCAAGUGAAAUGGCAGGGCCCUGGGACUCUAAGAAUCCCACCUGGAGGAGCACACUAUGCUGUCUGUGAAGUGGAGAAGCAGCAACCUAUGGAUAAAAGCAUCCUAAUGGUGGAGGCUGAUGAAAGUACCGACCUUCCUGCUGGUGUGCUGGUUCCACCAGUAGUCCUGCCACCCUCAGCUAUGGAUACCAAUGGCUUCACACUCAUGCUGAGAAAUGAAUCUCAAAAAGAAACUGCUCUUCCUGCAGGUACAGUGCUAGCCCAAGUGUACCUGGUUGACUCUGUCAUUGAGCCAAAGAAGUCUCCGAAAACAAUGUCAAUUGAUCCUGAGCUCUUCAAUUUUGGGGAUUCACCCAUUCCCGAAGCAUGGAGAGCUAGACUCAGAGACUCUAGACCAUUCAGAGAGAGAUCCCGCAGAAUCGCACCUGCAGACAUUGAGGAUGUUCGGCGCCAUCUCCAAGAACUGCUGGCAGCCGGAAUAAUCAAAGAAUCCCGAAGUCCGUAUGCCUCUCCCAUUGUCAUAGUGAGGAAGAGGAAUGGCAAAGUGAGAAUGUGCAUUGACUAUCGUCUGCUGAACUCCAGAACCAUCCCAGACCAGUACACCAUGCCGCGCAUAGAUGAUGCACUUGAUUGUCUGACUGGCAGUAAAUGGUUCUCUGUGCUGGAUUUGAGAAGCGGAUAUUACCAAGUGGAAAUGUCUGAGGCAGACAAAGAAAAGACAGCCUUUAUUUGCCCUCUUGGUUUUUUCCAGUUUGAGCGGAUGCCCCAAGGCAUCACAGGUGCUCCUGCAACCUUUCAAAGAUUGAUGGAGAAGGCUGUAGGAGACAUGAACCUGAUCCAAGUUCUUGUGUAUCUUGAUGAUAUCAUAGUGUUUGGAAAAACACUAGAGGAACACGAAGAAUGUCUCCUCAAAGUUUUGGAUCGGCUGGAGGAAUGUGGACUCAAGAUCUCCAUUGACAAAUGCCAAUUCUGUCUACCAAAAGUGAAAUUUCUGGGGCACAUUGUCUCCGCCGCCGGCGUCGCAACCGACCGGGAGAAAGUUAGUGCCGUCACCAAUUGGAAGAAACCCAUUGACCUAAAGUCCCUGAGGUUGUUUCUAGGAUUCUAUGGGUACUAUCGGCGGUUCAUUGAGAACUACUCUGCCACUGUCCGCCCUCUCACAGACCUAACUAAAGGGUACCCUCCAGCUCAACGCAAAAACAAAGCCACCUUCAAGGACAAGAAAGACUACUUUAAAGUCUCAGAGCCGUUCAGUGACCGUUGGACCACAGCUUGUGAUGACGCCUUUUACACCAUCAUCCACAAGCUCACGCAUGCUCCUGUGUUGGCUUUCGCGGACCCGACAAGGCCCUACAUAUUGCAUGUAGACGCAAGCCUGAAUGGCCUGGGAGCUGUAUUGAAUCAAGAGCAUCCUGAAGGACUCCGUCCAGUUGUUUUCGCCAGUCGCAAGCUCAGCCAGUCAGAGCGGAACUAUCCCAUCCACCAGCUAGAAUUUCUAGCUUUGAAGUGGGCGGUAGUCGAUAAGUUCCAUGAUUAUUUGUAUGGCACCAAAUUCACUGUGAGAACGGAUAAUAAUCCACUCACGUAUGUCUUAACCACUGCCAGGCUUAACGCCACAGGCCACAGGUGGCUAGCUGCCCUCUCCACCUAUGACUUCAACGUUCAGUAUAAGCCUGGUCGUGAAAACAUUGAUGCGGACUUGCUUUCCAGAAAUCAUCAGGAGACAGAGGAUGGAUGGGUGGAUGUUCCUACUUCUAGGAUGAAAGCUCUCUGCCGAAGAAUCGCUGCAUGUGGUCCCGGCGAAAGCACCACUAGAUGUGUCGACCAACUAGGUGCUCCCCCCGAUGCUAUUCCUGCUGUUUAUUCCUACCUCACUCAAGUGGAGGGCAAUGAGCUUGAGCAGUUGAGCCGUAAAGAACUGAUAGAGGCCCAGAGAUUAGACCCUGUCAUCAGUGUGGUAAUGUCUCAAGUGAAGCUAGGCAAAUGUGACCCAGCUCCUAAACAUCCAAAUGCUGAUGUCACCUUGCUGCAGCGAGAAAGUUCCAAGCUUCGGAUAAAGUGUGACCUCCUGUACAGAGUCAUUAAGAGACCCUCUGGAAGAGAGGUGAGUCAGCUUAUCUUACCUGCUCAGUACAAAUCAAUGGUUCUGAAGUCCAUGCACGACAAUAUUGGUCACCUCGGCAUUGAAAGAACAACAGAGCUUGUCAGAAACCGAUUUUACUGGCCCAAAAUGGCCUCUGAGAUUGCAACCUACAUCCAGAACUGUGGGAGAUGUGUGGCCCGGAAGUCCCUUCCACACAGAGCUGCCCCUAUGCAACAGAUCACGAGUAAUGGACCGUUGGACUUGGUCUGCAUGGAUUUCCUUUCUAUUGAGCCCGACUCCAAAGGCAUUGCCAAUGUGCUGGUCAUCACAGAUCAUUACACAAGGUAUGCUCAGGCAUUCCCGACGAAAGAUCAAAAGGCCCUCACCGUGGCUAAAGUCCUCUUUGAAAAGUUCUUUGUUCACUACGGACUGCCAGCACGCAUCCACUCAGAUCAGGGUCGCGACUUUGAGAGCAAAAUUAUCAAAGAGCUCCUGACCAUGCUGGGCAUUCGCGUCGAGAACCUCUCCGUACCACCCUCAGGGAGACCCCCAACCUGAGAGAUUCAAUCGUACUCUCCUGUCCAUGCUUGGCACCCUUGAUCCAGCUCUAAAGCCCAAAUGGAGCCAACACAUAAGCCAGCUAGUGCAUGCUUAUAACAGCACCCAAAAUGAUGCAACAGGGUACUCACCCUACUUUUUAAUGUUCGGGAAAGAGGCGCGGCUAUCAGUGGAUCUGUGUUUUGGCAUUGGUUGGGAGGAAGAGGAUGGUCUUAAGCAUCACCAAUAUGUGGAAAAAAGAGUUGCGGGAUGCUUACCAGCUAGCAGCUGAAGCAGCUUCCAAAAACCACGAACGGAACAAAAGACUCUAUGAUGCAAGAGUGAGAAAUCAGACACUGCAAGAAGGAGACCGUGUCCUGGUUUGCAAUCUUGGCAUCACUGGAAAACACAAGCUACAGGACAGAUGGAACCCCUUGCCCUAUGUGGUGAUAGCCCAGUUGCCCAAUCUUCCGGUGUAUCGUGUGAAACCAGAGAGAGGAACAGGCAUAGUGAAAACAAUGCACAGAGAUCACUUGCUUCCCAUUGGUUACUUGGUAAGACUGCCUACUCCUGCAGAGAGGAAAACACAACCAAAGAAACCAGUAACCAGAGCACAGAAAGUAAAGUGUCAAGCC